AUGAAUGAGCUUGUUAAGAGAAGUCUUCAUAGAACUAUUCUUCUAUACGUCUAUGCUUUUAUUGGAGGAUGUAUGUUCUAUGUCAUUGAGUACAAGCCUGAAAGGAGCAGGAUUGCUUAUACAAGACUUAGGCACGAGCUCCAACGUAACUUUACAAAAAGAUUUAAUAUAUCCGUGAACGAGAGUGAUUUCGAACGGUUUAUGCAGACAGCUUUCGAGAUUGUAAGAAAUGGCAACAAAGCAGAUUGGGGAAUUUUAACCGGUACUUCAUUUGCGAUGACGUCAUUAACCACAAUUGGUUAUGGACACAUAACACCUGAAACACAACUUGGACAAUUUUUCACCGUCAUUUAUUGCAUUGUGGGACUGCCAUUAUCAACGCUGGCUUUGAAGUCAAUCGGAGAACUAAUCGCCAAGAUGGUAUAUAAGAUCGUUUAUCGUGUGGAGACAAAAUUACUUUUUAGGAUAAGACCUCGGAAGGUUAAGAUAAAAACCUUUUUCAUAACUUUCACACUGAUGAUUUUGACGUUAUGUAUUGGUGCUCUAGCAGGGAAAUACCUGGAAGGUUGGACUUUCAUAGAAGGCUUCUACGCAUGGUUUGCUUCACUCUCCACCAUCGGAUACGGCGACUACGUUCCUGGUUGGAAAAUAUUGAAAAAUGCCGAAGACUCUGCAGCAGACAUUUGGAUAUUGAUAACAGCACUAUCCCUCCCCGGUAUGGCAACACUUUGUGUAGUCUCAGGUGUGGUUAAUUCACUUGUUGAAGCUUAUAAUGAAUUCAAAAUACAAUGUAACGUUUGUUCUCGAUGUCCUGCAUGCAGAAGGAGAAAGUCUGAGAAAUCUAAAGGAAAACGCAAGAAGAAAAAGUCUGCAGGUGGUGCAACACAAGAAAAACACAGAAAAGUCGAGUCCCUAUACGCUUGCAGCGAAAGCGAAAGAUCGACUACUGUUUAGUCGACCAAAUACAUUUUAAGACGCACUAGGAUACAGUUUUUUUUAACAAGAAUGUUUUAUAACGAUCGAGAUUAGUAUUUCUCUUGUUUUACCGACUUUUCCAUGGUAAUGUCUUUUAUUGCUUGGCAAUUUUUGCACGUUAGUUUGUUUCAAAAAAAAAAUGAUAGCAAUUACCACAUUACUUAGUAAUAGAAAGAAAAAAAAUAUACGAAAGUAUCAGGAAUGGUGAUGAAAAUAAUUAAAUGUAAAUCAAAUUAGUCCAAUUUAUUCUUCAUAGUAAUCCGUAAGUCACUGAACUUGGAACGAACCUAAUCUUAACAAUUUUCAAACCUUUUCCUUGCUUCUCCACUACGUUGCAAUUAAGAGAACUUUUAAAAAACCUUUGACGAUGCAAAUGAAUAAGCUGGUGGUUAUGAUGAAUAAUUCAAAGUGUCAAUGAGUCAUAUACAAACAUUUGGUCUUAAUAUGAAUAAUACCGACAUCUUAAAUGUGCCGAAAACGUGCCAUCAGACGCUGUUUGUCCAUCUAAUGCGGCAACAAGAUUAAGCAGGCUGUUAAAAAAUAAGGUGAGUGAAAAACCAUUGUGGUGACUUACUUUUUCUCAUUAUUAACCACGUAGCAAACUAGACGCAUCAAAUGGGCUUAUUCCACAAAUUCCUCGUAAUUUUAGCCAAUAUUGAAAAUAAAACCCGCUUAUCUGUUAUAUUCGAGCAAAUCCUUCAAGCGACUUUCUUUCUU